GUAGUAGGAAUAGACAACGUGUAGUCUUCCGCUUCGGUCAAAUAAAAGACAUACACUUUAUAUAAUAAGUAGUUCAGGCUUAGGGUAAUACGCAGUAAACAACAAACUUGAAACAUUUUACCAUCAUGGCAAUGUUUAGAAGAGCUGGAGUACUUACACAGAAAAUUGUUUCGAACUGGGAUACUAGUUUUGUACAAGCAACAGCAAAUUAUCACAAAAAUGUUUGUUCUUCAUUUGCAUUUUUGAUAAAUCUUGUUUUUCAUGCAACUUUAACUUUAAGUUAACUUAGUCUCUUUAGACAAGACUAGAGAAACUACUAAAUUAAUUUAAUUUGAUGACUUUUUAUGUCUAUGACUAUGUAAAUUAAUCAAAUGUAGGCUAGUUAAUGUUGUCGAAUUAACUCUAAUUAGCAUAUGAUGAGCUAAUCCUUAGUUAAGUUACGGUGACCAGACAGUCCCUAUUUUCACAUUAUCCAUUUUACUCAUCAAUAUUUGCAUCACUACUCCUUCAACCAUCCCUGAACUGAAUGUUUCCAAUGAUCAUGAUGAUGAAAAAUGACAUGUUCAAUCUCAUGCUCAAGAAGUAUUAAUAAAUUACUCACAAAACACUUCUUCUAAUUUUCAACUCUAUCGUUCACAAAUAUUUCACCUGCGAUUCCUGAUUAACUCACCGUAAGGUAUCAGUAUAUCCAUAACAUACUGUAUACUAUUUAAUGCACACUAAUGAAUUUGUUCUUUGCUGUUCAGGAUAACAUAUCUUUCAGAAGUCUAUUUUUACAAACGUUUUUUGGCUUUGGUGCCCCCCCCCCCCUCCAUUGUCCAGAAAAAUCUGGUCACCGUACCUUAUUAGGGCUACUAUACCUAUUUGAUAGAAUAAAAUAGGUACCAGCACCAGCAGUUACCAGUACUUUACCUUUUACUUAUUAGUACCAUAAUAAAUAAAUAAAAAGGCCUAAUAAUGAUUGAAUUUAAGAUGAAUUGACUGGGAGGGGUGAGUUGAGCCUUACGAAUAAUUGCGGCUUCCUAGAGCUCAGUAUUACUGUGGCAAUAGGCAUAUGCAAUACAAUGACACUUUCUGUUUCUGCCCCUUUGCUGACAACAUGCCACUGUCACCAGAUUAUAACUACGGUAUUGAAAUAUCUAAUAAUUGUCUAAAAUUGAAUGGUCUAGAAUUUUUUUUUUUAUGCAAAUGAGAAUGCAUUAGGUUUUUGGCAGGUCAGCUUGCACAUUUGAGAGAUAUAACCAAGACGUUAUGCUCAGCUUUGCAUUAAAAACGGCAGUAAAUAUUUUACCUUCGGCAUGAAAUAAUAAUAUGUACUGUAAAAAAAAAAGGUUAGCAUCAUAAAAUUAAUUUUAAGUCUACAACAAAUAUUAUUGAGUUAUUAGUUGGACCAUUCACUCCACCUUUGCACCUUUCUGAUUAGACUAUUGUACAUGAUGAUCCUAUCGUUGUGCUGUAUAAAAUGCACAUUUCAAAAAUACAUUUUAAAAUGAAAACUUUAAUCAAGUAUUAAAUUAAAGAAGCAAUUUUUAUUUUGUAUCAGUAUUAGUAUUAUGUAAAAAAGAAAUCAACAGAAUGCUCAUAGGGUUACAAAAUGGGGUGAUUUGCAGUCCCAUACUAAUGAUAGAUAGACCUUUAAAAAAAAGUAGAAACGGUCUCAAAUUUCCAUUUUGAUUAUGUUUGAUUUUAAAACUAUGAUUAAUACAGUAUAAUUUAUAAUAAUUUUUUUGCCAAAACCUCUAAUUCUAAGGCAAUGUUCAUCCCAAAUUAAGUAAAGUGUCUCCCUCUACCAAACAGUGGCCUAAAUUUAAAGCUGAGUAGUAGUAGGUCUAUUUAAGACAUAUAAUUAUAGUGCUAGUAACUAGACAAAAACUAUCAGUAUUACAGUUUUUCUUUGAAACAAUUUUUUUUUUUGGGGGGGGGGGGGGUUUUCAGGUGUUUAGGUGGGAAGUACAGUGUGAAAAUUAGGCAAAAUGGCAACCAGGGACAGGGCCAGCUAUGAAUCCGAGUCCCCCCCUAAAAUUUAAUUUCUUCAUGUGGAGGAGUCACUGGGGUAUACUUUUAGCACCAGCUUAGUUUCACCCCUGAAAUCUAUAUUGUGCAACUGUAUAUACAAAUUUAAAGGAAUAUCAUUUUUAUGUCACUUCAAAAAAAUCAUUUUAAUUACUAACUAUCUUUAAAUGUUUUUAAAGUUAAAAUAGGUUGAUGCUGUACUGUGAUUGGAGGGCAACUGCAGGUCGGUUGGGGGGAUACAAUAAACUUUUAUAAAGAAGUUAAGUUUAUCCAAAAUUAUAUUUAAGCCAAUGUGUAUGUAACAAAGGAAGCAUUGAGCUCUACUCAUUGAUUAGUUCACCACUCGCCCUUUCCAACAUUGGCGGCCGACUUAUAUUAUCUAAAAUUAUUGUUUGGCUGUGAUUAUCUUCAAUAGAGCUUCUGAUUACUCAGAAUUACUGUAUAUAAUAAUAAAUUAAAUAUUACAUCUAGAUAUAUUUAGAAUAUACAUAGUUAUAGGGCAUAAUAAUAUCAUUAUUCUUGGCUGACACUGAUACACCAUGACCAUGGCAUAACUUGUGAGUGCUGAUAAUAAGAAACGGUGUGAUUAUGAAAUAGAAAUAAGAUAACUAUGAGAAUGAGUCACUAUGACAAAGCGUAUUUGAUGUUUUAACUUUAAUUUUAUUCAGAUAUGGGCAUCUGGCUGCUGAGUAAAACUAAGGUACUGCCUGGUGUUUGGAUUGGGAGUUAAUGUUUUCAUUAUGAACCAUUUAUAUUUACUGUAUCUAAAAAAAAAAAAAACUUUUAAUUGUGAAAAUUUCUGCUCCCAGGUUAUAGAUCACUAUGAGAACCCUAGAAAUGUCGGAUCCCUUGACAAAGAGGAUAAAAAUGUUGGAACAGGUCUUGUUGGAGCACCAGCAUGUGGAGAUGUUAUGAAAUUGCAGGUGUGUCUAAUUUCUUUAAUUUUGGGAGAGAGUUAAAAGGAUAUCAAUCACAAAAUUGUGAAGUUGAUAGUGGCAAACUGGAUCAAAAUGAUCAAAUAGAAAAAAAUUAUGGGGUCAUGUAGCAACAAUAGAAUAGAAACUAUUAAUUGAGGAAAUUCCUCCAAUCUCUGGGUUGCGGUCCAUCAUAACGCGGUCUGCGGCCAUGGCAGAAUGGGUCAAGACACGAGUUACAUCAGGUCUUGGUCCAGGAAACCGAGGGAAACACACCUGCCUGUUCACCUCCACACGGAUAAUGUGGGGGCUUCAGUUGGGCAAAGAUGUUAGGAGCUAGGAUAAUGGCAUAUGAUUACAGUUGCCACUAAAGGAUCAGAGAUAACACAAGUCAUUUUCAUGGGAGCUACCCGUAUGGCAUUUCCUGGGGUAGCCAGAUGGUUCACCACUAUGACGAAACAUCCCAGGAGAGCUGCCCAGAGGCACCUCCCCUCUGUUGUAGGACGGGAGGUCCAGUGAUAUGGGAGUCUAUAAGAGCUUCAGCUCGGGUCACCAACGUAAUUCAAUAUGUAAGAAUUUUAGAAUGGAGAAAAUAGGAUAUUUCAUUUGAAUCUCAUAAAUUUCAUUUCUUUUUUUUUUUCUCAUUAUUCAACAGAUCAAAGUUGAUGAAGAUGGGAAAAUAAUUGAUGCCAAAUUUAAAACAUUUGGGUGUGGCUCAGCCAUAGCUUCAAGUUCACUAGCCACAGAAUGGGUCAAGGGUAAAACUGUAGGUUUGGUUUCCAUUCAUUAACUUUUUUUCAAUUGGUCAGUUACCGUGCUAUAGAUUUUCAUGAAUAUUUUUGUGUUAGUUUUUUUUAAUAUUGGUACAGAUACAGAAAUAAGUAGUUAUUUAAUUUUUAUUAGACAUCUUAAACUUGUGGGCUUAAACUAUUUAAUUACCCCAACAUCAUGAUCACCUAUUUUGUUUAAAUAAUUGACCCCACUGAUAGGAAUAAUUAAUAUUGUUGUUUUAAGUCUCUCUCCUUUCAGUUUUUAAAUGCUCAUACUUAAGUAAUACUAAUCUGCAAUAUUUGACAUCAUUUAUUAUUGUUACCAUGGAAGCCUGCCAGCAGUUAUGUACAUCUGUUAUAGCUGGGAAUUUAUACUUUUUUAAAUUUGACUGUGAACAAAUUCUUUCAAAUCUUAUUCAGAGUAUGUUAUUGCAGGGUCCGAGUUAGAUUCCACAUUUUUUAUACCGUACUAUGAAAAUUAUUAGAAAGAAAGUUGGCAUAAACUGAAAUAUCCUCGCUAUAUCCUAUUCUCUAUUGUAAAUGAAUAUAUUAUUCAUUGGUCAUUGCUUCUCUUAUUAUAUAUAAUACCGGUACACACAAACAAUUAUAAUAUAAGUUUGUGUGUACCCGUAUGUGUAUAAAGUUAUUCUCAAUAAUUUAUUUUUUUAAACAUGGAAAGCGGUUAGAGUCUCAGAGACAAACCUGCAUGUGUUUAGUUCAUAAAUAGUCUAAUGUAAUUUAAUGCAUUUUAAAAAUUUUAAGUUAUAAAAACAAACCUUUAUUAGAAAAUAUUUGAUCCUACAAUGUGUUGAACUUAAGUGACCCGUAGCAUUAAUCUUAUCCUUUGCCACCUUAAUUGGCAUUAAAUUUAAUUCAAAUUCAAUGCUUCAGUUUAUAAUUCAUGCGCAAAGUAUUUUGAGAUGUGGGAAAAGCAAAAUAUUUGUAAUUGUUUCCUGAAAACCUAAACAUUGUUACCCUAGAAUAAUAUUUUUAGAAAAAUAAGAAUAUUGUGUAACGGAUGCAAACGUCAAUUUUCUUCUUUAAAACUAUUAAAAGCAUUAAUAAUAAUAUUAAUCAGUGCAUUAUUUUUAGUUUUUACAAGUCCUAUAUAAAAGUAACUGGUGUCAAUAAAGAUAUCUUCAGUGAACAAGGGUUUAUGGUAAUAUUAUUUUUGCCCUAAUGAAAAAUCUUACUCAGGUUUUUAAUAAUUUCUAUUUAUCAUAGAUUUAUCAUAAAUCUAAAGCAACAUGUUUUUUGCUACUCAUUUGAUAGAUGGAUGAAGCCAUGAAAAUCAAGAAUACAGAAAUCGCUAAAGAACUUUCUCUUCCACCAGUAAAGCUACACUGCUCAAGUAAGUAAAUAUGUUAAAUUAGUGGUUCAAACUUCCGUACAAGAAAGUAAAUAAAUUACUGUUUGAAAUGUUAAAGAAUUAUUGACACAUGUGAGUAUCUUUAUAAAACUCAGCAAUUUCAAAAUAUUACUUUGCUUACCGGUAAAAUAGGGAGACAGGAAAAGAUUGUUACCGGUAUCACUGAUGCCAAUGUUAAUUUUUUUCAAAAUGGGGUUCAUUGAAAUGAUCUGAAAGUUGGAAAUUAUUUGGUUAGCUUGUACCUCAUCUUAAUCUCUGUAAUACUAAUGACUUUAAGUUUUUGAUUUUAUUGUGUUUUUUUAAUUACACUGUUUGUAGUAGGGGUUUUUAAAAGAAAUUUUAGUUAAUUUGCAUAUCAUUAUUGUUACAUAACAAACGAAUACCAAAUGUUUUAAAUUUAAAGCCAAAGUGCCUAGGUACUCCAAGUUUAAUGAACUGUUUUGUAACAUAUGUAUAAUGUUGAAGAUGUUUGACAUAAAUAGUCUUGCUAUUUCUUAUCUUCUGCAGUGCUUGCUGAAGAUGCAAUUAAAGCUGCUCUCCAAGACUACAAACUGAAGCAGUCUAAUGAAACACCACCUACUGAAAAGAAAGUAGCAGCUAAUUAGAGGUUGUUAUAGAGUUAACAUACUGUAUCAGAUCAAAUAAUUGGAUAUUGCUACAGCUCAUGGUUACGUGAUAAAACUAAGAGUAUGAAAGAAUCGUAUAAUCAGUUCAGUACAUAAAGAAAUUUGUUCUUUCAUCCUUAUGGAAAGUUAACUGUAUCACAACCUUAGAUUAAACUGUAAGAUUAUAACAUCAGUUUACAUGUAAUGUACCGGUACCUGGUAACCAGAUAAGAGAGUUUAAAAUGCAGAUUCACUCCACACUGCUGUAAAAACAAUUUUUGAAAUUACAUAAAGUCAGCUGAUUUCAUUCAUCCAAAAGGUUAAAAUCUAUUUUGAAAUAUUUUUUCUCUAUCCUUUAAUAUUGUGAAAAUGACCUGACUGCAGGAAAAUGUCAAGGUGGAAGUUAAUUGAAGAUCAUAUCCAAGAAGUAGCAAAUAAACUUUUUAAUAAAUAAGACCCAAUUAAAUUGUUAACUGUAAACACUGCUACUGCUAUAGGUCAGGACUAGUUUAAGCUAUUAACAAUAGGGUAAUGCGCAUGUAUUUGCAAAAACAAGGGUUUCAAGUUUAAUUACCUUAGUCAGUGGUCUGAGUGGCAAAGCACAAACCUUAUUUUUGAAUGUAAAUACUUUUCUGUAAAUAAACUAUGCUAAUAUUGCUCAGGAAUAUGUGAGUUUGUUCACUGUUAAAAAUAUUAUUUCAAAACAUUGAAAGUGACCUGAAUUCAAUCCAUCCUUGGAUCUAGAAAUAAGUAUUAUGGGUAUCAUCAUCUUGAUUUUAGGGAAUCCAAGCUCCUUUCUGAUUUUUUAUAUCGUAUCAGUUCUUUAUCAGGAAUGUGUUUACAGUUGUUGUCAGAGUUGAUACUGUAGCAGCAGCAUUUUCUAUUCCAGAUUCAAAAAAUGUGUGAAACAAUUGAUGUUUUAAAUGUUAAGCUUUGACUUUUUUAAUACUGUAUAUUACUGUCAAAGUUUGGAGGAUCCUCAAUUUACCUUUUACAAAAUUAAGCAAUGAAACUGUUGUAUCCCAACAAAUACAAACAUGGCAGCCACGAGACCUAGCUGUGAAGAGCUUCUCUUAAUAAUAUUUACACUUCAUGCAUAGCAUACAGGAAAAAGGGAGAUUGAAUAGUUUGAAAACAACUUGAGAACAAAAUUCAGAUGAUGCAAAUUCAAAUGAACAUUUUAGAAUAACAUAAUAUACAGCAGACACAAUAAUCAAGAAAAUUAAUAUUCAAAAUAGGAAUUAUUAAAAAAACUGUUUAGAAUUCUGGAGUGUAUUACCACAUUAAAACCAAAUUCCAGUUAAUACACUAUUGGUCCUAUUAACUAUUUUCCCAGUACUGUUUCAAAAUAAUGACAUGAAAUUUAAUUUUGUAGCCAAAACUCUGUACCAGGUUUUAUAAAUUAUUAGAUUUUGGCUUCAGCUCAUCAUUUUUAAGCAGAAUGAGCUCUUCCUCCGCAACACAAACGCAUCAGUAUCUGAAAAUGGAUUUAUUUCAUUUUUAUAUGACAUUAAUAACAUGUUAAUAUGGUACCAGUAGCAAAAUGCUUGCAGAUUAUGAUCUUGUAGAACUCUCUCCUUAGGUUCAAGGGGGCUUGGACGUUUGUUUAGUAGACUAAAAUUAGACAAGGUUAAAUUGUUUUUUUGUACACAGUCAAGAUAAGCCUGUGUUCCAAAUUGACCCGGCUGGGGGUGUUCAUGCUAGCCACAUUCGCACUUAUUGAAAAGUCUGCCUUGCCCUGGUGGUCGCUACUAAUACUACUAUUGAAGUGUUUGGAGACGGGACGCUGUUUAUCUUGUGUAAUGUUUCGGAGGUGUUCGGUACACCUGUCAGAGAGACGGCGUCCAGUCAUCUGACAGCGGGUGCAGACAAAGCCGAUUUGGGUAGUGCCGAUUCUGCAAUCAUUUUCUGGAUAGUCUCUUUCACCAUGUCGUUACAUUUGGUGAUCAGUGAUUUUAGUUACAGGGGUGUUGGUCCUCGGUUGGUAGAACUGGCUUCUUGUUGCCUAUGACUAUGAGCCUCCUUGAUGUAGAGAUCUCUGUCUUACACAACAGCUCCCCACUUGUCAGCUGGUUUGAUGAUGAUAUCUUUACGACUGCGCAGCUUUGAGAGUGCUAGUGACAAGUGAUUCUCUUUAGAUUGGAUUUCUGAAGUGGAGGUAAAGAGAGGUUCUUGAUGUCGUGUUCCGUGCUCUUUAUUAUAGAUUAUAUUAUAUACAAGACUAAAGCUUUAGAUUGAUUAGAAGGUGGUGUCCAAUUAGAUUUGCGUUCCCUAUCGGGAAAAUCUCGUCUUCGGGGAGGUCGGUACUUUUCCCACCGAAGUGAAACUGAAGUCUCAAGGAACGAAAGUAGCGGUGGGAAUCCAAAAGAAGUUGGUAGCGGUCGCAAGAUGUUUUCAGUGGAUUAAAUUUGAGACCCUUAGAAAGUACUGACCUUUCAUCAUCAGAUAGAGGAAAUUUAGGGGGGGGGGGUGCAAACGACUAAGUUGUUGCCAGUGCCAGUUUUGUGAGGUGUAGAAUUGUUAGUGGGCCUAAGAUUGACAAUCUUAGUAAGAUUGUCGGGUUUUUUCUUUUUGUUGGUAGAAUUUCUACUAGAAUGGAAGCGGUACAGUUCCCGAUUAAGUUGGUGAAUAAUUGUUCUAACAAGGUCAUACGAUAAGCGUUAUAAGAGGUCUUAGAGAGGAUGCGAUCUUCAAGUUGGUAAAUGGUGGCACUGAGAUCGGCGAUGAGACGCUUAUAUUAAUAUUAUAGUAACAUAUAGCUAUGCAUACGCAUACCGUACGCUGAAAUGCCAUUUUCUUCUCAACUGAUUGAAGUUUGGUCCUGUCGUUAGAGUUUAGGGAGCCUGGUUGAAAUUUCUCGUAAAGCCUUUAGGUACAAUGCGGAGACGUAUGCAAUUAUUCUUUCUUUUUAAUUAAAUUUCUAAACUAAUACCGGUACUAAUAGUAAUACUACAAAAAAAAUUAUUUCACAAGAAGUUUACUAACAAUCCAUCCAAUAGAAAAACAAAUACCAUAUUAUUAAACUUAAUUAAAGUGCUUGAAUCGAUCUUUUAAAUGGUACGGUAUAAUUUAUCAGGUGCAUGUUACCGGUACUGUAAGUUGUGUAAAAUAUCCCAAAAAACUGCUUCAACUGCUUCUUAGCGGUUUGGAAUACUGUACCGUACCUAAAAUUAUAUUUUAAUACUGGUAAGGUCAUUAGUUUCUUAAUAAAGUUAAUCAAAAUUCCAUUGAAUUUGCACCCCCUGAACAUUGAUUUUACCAUGUUAUUAAUUUAGUCUCGUCUGGUAGGAAUCCUUAACUCCUGCUGCCACAUUUUCCCUUGAUGUUGUCAGUGCCACUGGUCAUUUUAUUAUUUAUAGAAAUAGAACCAGUAUUACAUUUCUUUAAUAGAGCAGGUAUCUGAAGGUAAAAAUCUCAUCAGUGGUUGAUCUGAAUCCAUUACACUAAAUUACUCAUACUGUUCUUAUGUGACACUUAAAAAUAAAGUGACAUGAUUGCAUUGUCAGUAAAUGAAUGGCAGCUAGAAAACCUUAUACCGAUAUUACAUUUUCUCACUUUUUGCAUUGGAGAAAAUGUCAGUUAUUUCACAAAACGUUAUAGUAAAUUAUUUAAGUGCUUGAAUCGAUCUUUUAAAUGGUAUAAUUAAUUUAUAUUAUUUUUACAAUAUUAAAUACAUGUUAUAAAAUUUAGAAAUAUAUGCUAAUGGAAGUUGUGUAAAAUAUAAUUGCUUCUCAUCUGUUCAGUGUACCUAGUUAAAGGAUAUUCAAGUUAACUUCCCACUGGCUUGAUUUCAAAACAUCCAUAUUAUCCCAACAUAAGGGGAAUAACUCAUAAAUAACAUAACUGACAUGUCAAAAGUACUAGUCCUGUAAGUAGUUGUAUACCAGUACCAGUAAAUCAUAAAACAUGUAGACCAAGUUCUAAAAUCUAAACUUCAUUGGAUUAACUGUUAUAAACAGAAUACAUACAAAGAAAAGACACCAAUAAUAAAAUGGAGAAGAGUUUCAAUUUAUUUGUACAUUCAUUU